CCUAAUGACUAGACAUUUAAAAACACAUGACAAAAAUGCACAUUGACGUUAUUUUGAUGGGGUAAAUCAAAAUAAAACUACUAACAUUUAAAGGAGCAAACCCGGGGGAAGUCGAGCAGUUUUUUUUUUAACCAAGAUAUUAUUUGAAAUCAAGUGAAUGUACCCGCCAGGCAUCAGUUUCGAUUGUGCCUGCUUGCCUCCAAGGGCCACAGCUUUUCUGGUUGCUGUCAUAAGUCUGGGAGGAUGUAUAGCGGACGGCAGCUUUGUGCUAUACCGGCGGCCACUGGACCCUGGCCUUGGUGAGAUGGUACAGGAGGCCAGACAGUAUCUCAUCAAACUGUUCCAAGUUGCCAAUGUACUACUCCUGAUUGGCACUGUCAUAGAAAAGGAGUUCCUAGUCCAGCUGUACCUGUGGUAUACCCUAGGGUUCGUGAUGUUUGGGCUCGUGAUCGCUCUCAUGGAGUUCCUCAUCUCCUCACAGGAGUACGGGACCAAGAAGAGCCUUGUGAUGUUUAUACCUGACGUGACAUUCCUCUUCGCGGUUUGGUCGUGUCUGCCAAUGGUGGAAAAUUACAAAUGGAAAAUAGUCUCGGAUUCGUGUCCAUUCUCGCUGAAGUCUCCGGGAAUCUGCGAUAAAUGUGUCCCGGAGAUAUCACCAGGCACCCAGACUUGUCAAACAACCAAGACUUAUUCUCCGGCUUUGAACCAAUUAUCCGUGGAAAAAUGCGGAUGUUCACAGAAAACUGCCAAAAAACCCAAGAGUCGCCCUAAAGUUAUCUGCAAAUGUCCGAAGAAUUCCCCAGUUUGCCCAUAUGAUUCCCCAAUUUGCCCGUAUGAUUCCCCAAAACGCCCGAAUGAUUCCCCAAAACACCCGAAUGAUUCUCCAAUUUGCCCGAAUGAUUAUCCAAAACGCCCGAAUUAUUCUCCAAAACGCCCGAAUGAUUCUCCAAUUUGCCCGAGUUAUUCUCCAAAACGCCCGAAUGACUCCGCAAAACGCCCGAACAAUUCUCCAAUUUGCCCGAAUGAUUCACCAAAUUGUCGGAAUGAUUCCAAAGUAUCAUCGAAAGAUGACCAAAUAUGCCUAAAGGGUUGUCAAAUACCAAUGAAGAAGAUACGGUUAGCCCAGAAGGACCAAACCAGGUGCCCACCGGAAUGUUGCGACAAUACCCCACGACGUACUCGUAUCAACAUAUUUCAACUAUAGAAUUAGCUAGAUAUAAAACAAUUAUAAUAUAAUUGCUAUCAUAAUAUAAUUUAACCCAUUUGUAAUAAUGCCAAGUGCAGAAAUAUACAAUGAAUGAUCCA